CGGUGAACAGCUCACAGGAAGCGGAGGACUCUCGUGUCGGUUACACAGCUCCUGUGCAGUUCCCUUCCUGUCGGGGACUUUUCGCUCGCCUGGUGAACAGCUUUGGUCAUGUUUCGGAAUGUUUUGGGUAGACUGGUGACAGAUACAGCUCGUGUUCACCGCUAUGUGAAGAGUGCACCUGUAAUCCACAGGCUGACUCCCACCUCAGUGUCGGUCAGGAGCGUUUCGGACUUGAAGGACGAAGUGCAGCAGGCUUUUGACGCCUCCCUGCUCGAGUUCCUGGUGUGUCCGCUGUCUAAGAAGCCACUGAGGUACGAGGCUGAGACCAAUGAGCUGAUCAAUGACGAGCUUGGAAUCGCCUAUCCCAUCAUCGGUGGCAUCCCCAACAUGAUCCCUCAGGAAGCCAGACUCAUACAGAAAGACACAGAUGCCACAACCACACCUACACAAGGCUAGAAACUCCAUCAGGACACCUGCAGCUGACUGAGGCAAGCA